AUCUGCAGCCAACCGCAGCGGCUGUGGGGAGCCGGCACCUCGCUCCGCGCUCGGGGAAACCGGCCCGGCCCCAGCAGCGGGGCGAGGGGAGCGGCUCCAUGGGGGCGAGGUGGGUCCCGCACCCCCAGCGAGGGACCAGGCUCCUGACUCCACCAGGAUUGCAGGGACUGAGCUGCUGAGGAUGCCCUGAGAGUGGCCAAGCCAUGAGCAGAGUCUCCCGUGAGCGCCUGGACUCGGAGUCCUGUUCCCGGGCACUCUCCCAGGCCCGAAUGUACCUCGAGCAGAUUCGGAGCCGUGUCUCUCCAGGGGGCCCUGAUGUGCACGGAGCUGGGAAGCGGGAUUACCUGGUGGAUGCAGCAAAGCAGAUCCGCCUGGCACUGGAGCGGGAUGUGAGCGAGGACUAUGAGGAGGCUUUCAAUCACUACAAGAAUGGGGUGGAUGUGCUGCUCAGCGGCGUGCAGGUCGACCCCAAUAAGGAGCGCCGUGAGGCUGUGAAGCGGAAGAUCACACAGUACCUGAAACGGGCUGAGGAGAUCUUUAACUGCCACUUGCAGCGGACUCUGGGGAACGGGAGUUCCACUGCCACGGGCUACAGCAGCCUUCGCUUUCGGCCCAUCAGGACGCUCAGCUCGGCUGUGGAGAACCUGAGGCGCUGCAAGGUUGUGGGAGUGAUUGAGAAGGUGCAGCUAGUCCAGGAUCCAGCCACUGGGGGGACCUUUAUACUUAAGAGCCUCCCCAAAUCCCACGUGGAGACCCGUGAGCGGCAGACCAUCAUCCCUCAUGGAGUCCCCUUCGUGGCCAAGCUGCUGCGCUACUAUGUGAGCGAAGACUCCAUCUUCCUCCACCUCGAGCAUGUGCAGGGGGGGACACUCUGGUCCCAUCUCCACUCCCGGCCUCGUUUACAGCAAGGUUCCUCUGAUGGCCCCAGUAGCCUAAUCCCAAAGUCCAACUCAGUUUUGGUGGGCCAUGGUGAGAAGCAGCAAGUAGGAACCUGCUCGGGGGCUGGCCCUCAGUCCAGCCAGAGCUCCAGCUUCUGCCCAGAGAAUGGCACUGACCUCUCAACCUCUGUGAAUCGCCACCCACCAGAAAUUGCUGACCAAUCGUCCUCUCGGGAGCAGUCACCUGACCACAUGGAUGCCAGACCAGGGACUGACUGCAGGUUCCAUACUGGAUGUGCCAAUGGCCAUAAGGGAGUUACUGGGGGGAAGGAUUCAGGUGCAACACACACUCUGUUUGGUGUCACUGAUUCUGUCUUCAUGGCAAUGGCCAAGGGAUACAGCCAUCUGACUAACCAGAGUUUGACCUCCCAGUCAUGUGACUUGUUAACCAGCAGUGAUGGUGUCAGCAGUGUAUCAGAGAGGGAAGAUUCUCAGCAGGACACAAGGCUACUGGCUGAUGAAAGGCUGCCCCAGUCUCCUGCUGCAGUCCCGAAGGCUAUGGGAGGAGGCCACCUGGUGAAGGUGGAACCUCGAGUUUGCCAGGUGUCUGAUGCUCCCUGGGCUCAGCCCACACGGUCCCCAGUGGCUCUCCCAGGAAAAAGGCAGCUGCACCCUGGAACCACCCUGCACAGCUCCAGCAAGUCCUACUGGUGUGACUCUGGGGGGCAGGAGUUGUUGAGGAGCAUCUCAAGGGCCCAAGAAGGAGCAGGCCAUGGUCAGCACAGAGAGCAUCCAACUGCAGGACAGCGUGGGCCUCCACCCCAUCGCUCUUUCCGAGGGGAUGGCCAGGGGACCUGGGAUGUGAACGAGGAGCUCAUCCGGCUGUGGGCAGCUGAAAUGCUCUUGGCUCUGGAGGGACUCCACCAACAGGGAGUGCUGUGCCGGGACCUCAACCCCAGAAACCUGCUGCUAGAUGGUGCCGGUCACAUCCGUCUCACCUUCUUUGGCCAGUGGACAGAGGUGGAGCCACAGUGCUGCAGCCAGGCCCUAGAAGAUAUGUACAGCGCCCCAGAAGUGGGUGGGAUUUCUGAGCUGACUGAGGCCUGUGACUGGUGGAGCUUUGGGUCCCUGCUGUACGAGUUACUGACAGGAACAUCGCUGUCCCAGAGACACCCCUCGGGGAUUCACCCUCACACCCAGCUGCACUUUCCAGAGAGGCUCAGCCUGCCUGCUGCAUCCCUGCUCACUGAGCUGCUGCAGUUUGACCCCAAGCGACGCUUGGGCUCUGGAGGAGGUGGAGUCAACAAGCUGAAGAGCCAUCCCUUCUUCAGUACUAUCCAGUGGAACAAGCUGGUUGGCUAGACUGACCCAUGCGGAGCAGCGAGGAGUGAAGGAUGGUGUCAGGCAGGGGGCUAGCUGCUGAUGUGCUGGGUGGGGCCCAGGGAGAGACCCAGAUCCUGCUGGAGAGGCAGAUUAUCCCCCAUGAUCACUGGGACCUGUGAUCCUGGGUGGUACUUGCAGCUCUGCCAGUGAGCCUGGGAGGUCCACUUCUGCAAGGGCUGAUUGUGGGGGUCUGGAUUGGGUCCAAUUUGCAGCCUUGGCUUCUUCCUCCUGGACCAAUUUCCAUUUGUGUUGCAGUGGCAUUUUCAAGAGAUCCGGCCAGGCUGGGGUCAAGUCACGUUGUCUCCUUCCCCUCCUGCCCCCAGGUCCUCCCAUUCUUACCCUACAUCUAACCCAACCCUGGUAAAAAGUCACUGACCCCUACAGGGGCAAAGACAUCAGUGCCAGCGGGCCUAACUCAGCCACCUUGGCUUACCCUUGCUGUCCCAUGGCUUCCCUGGGACAUUCCCGCCCCUCUUUACCCACAAGCUCUGUGGGGCUCUCCUUGCCUGGUGCUUGGUGUGGGAAGCCAAUCUCUGUAUGAGACUCCCCUGUUCACCCAGGGGCCUAGAGGGGCAGUAUCUCCCUCUGGGGCCGGGCCCCUGUUAGUGUCCAGCUCCUUCUCUGCCCAUAGACUCCACCAGCUCCCUGGUUCUCCCUGCCCUUAUCAGCUGGGGAUCAUAUCCCAGUUACUUUGUCCCCAUUUCUCUGCUGCUGCCUGAGCUCUUUAUGGCUUACUAAUGCACUCCCACUGCCUACCACUAGAUGGGGCCUGGGGUUGUGGUCUGUGUGUCUCACUGGCUGCAUGUGCACUAGCAGCACCUGCCCAUGCUGUCUUGGGGGAGGGGGGAGGAGGAGCCCCCCUCCCCUCGGGGUGUGAGAGGCUCCCCCUGGGAUCUCUGCCCUGCUCCAAGUGAAUGUCUGAAAUCAAUAAAACAGCUUCACCCAAGUGGGGGAUUGUUUCUGAUUUACACACCAUGGGGCCCUUGCUCAGAUUCCCGUCCCAGGUCAGGAGCUUGAUCCAGGGCUCCUAGGUUGGGUACAAAGCUGUUCAGAGGUCACAGGCCUUGGCACCAGCUCUCCUGCCAGACAGGACUCUGAGAACUCAAGGCCAGGGUCAGGCUCCAGUUUCAGUGAGCACAUGGGCCUGGUCUGAGACACACACGCCCCUUCCCCACUCACACAUGAGAGCAGGAGACCCCCUGACCAGGCUGGGGCAACCUCCAUCCCCUAUGGACCAUGUGUCAAGAUCACGGGAUAGGACUUAGAACAUUCUGUUUAGGUCUAUUUAAUCAUUACAGCCAGGCCUCCCCUGUGUGGGGUGUCCUAAGCUGCCUUGCUCCCUUCUCGGUUUUCAGAUGUGUGUAGAAGGGAAUUCUGUGCUCCUGUCUUUUGUCUCAGUAAGACUGUGUGGCUGUGUUACUUUUGUCCCUUGCAGAACAGUGGCUGCACACUGAACCCCCUUCAUUUGCCUCCUGGAGCCAUUUCCUUCCCCCUCUUCCUUCUGCCUGCUCUGCACCCCCCAGCCCACACCUGCUACUGCAACCUUGGCACCUUCUCCAAGCUCUCCUUUCAGGGAGAUGUUGCUGUACUUGCAACCAGUGCUCUGUCCCCAAGGUUACUGACUUCCCAACCCCCUGGGCUCUAAGGCUGCGGGCAGGAAGAGGUUGGAGGAUGAGGUGAGGGUGACUCACUGUGGAAUGAAUGCCUAGGGCAAGGCCUGCAUCUGGUGGUUAAUUUCUGAGAAACUGGCCAAGUGGCAGGAGCAGGCAAGGCGUUAACCAGCUAGAGCCUUAAACUGCUCUGUAAAUGCAGUGCAACGAAAGAGGAAGGCAGGGGCU